CCUUCGGGAAGGAGCGGCCAUCUUCCCAAGGGGCAGAGCCACCUCUCCGUCCCCGCUGGCGGGGAAGCAGCUCCCAUCCAGGCCAGAAGGCGGAAGUUCCCAGCCUUCUGGAGAACAAAGCCAGCUCCCGGCGCAGGCGCCGACCUGGGAGAGGCCCCGACCAAGCCCAGGUGGAGUUGGCUCAGGAUGAGGUUUUGCGGACAGGACCCAGCCCAGGAGGGGCGCCGGGCAGGGAGGCUCUGGGGCCUGUUAUGUGGGCAGCAGCGGCCCCAGGAGCCCAGCCAUCAUUCCCAGCAGGGGGCAUCGCCCUGCCCGGGCUCUGAGGAUCUUUCAGCCCCCUCAGACCAGGAGCUAGAAGAUCCCAGCACCAUCAGCUCAGCACGGGACAGCAGCAGUGCCUGGGGCUCCAGCAGCAGCGACGCCUCUGGACGCUGCUGCUUUGUUCCAGGGACCCCCACGGAGUCAGCGGCGGAGGAAUGGCUGGAGAUGACCACAGAGGAAGCUGCUCUCAAGGUCAUCGGAGAGCAGCUCCAGGGCAGAGACAAGGAUGAGGGGCAGCAGCUCAGGUUCCUGCGGGCCAUCUACCCCGCGUGUCUUGCUGCACAGGACAGAGGGCAGGACACGCUGGAGCCGCACUGCUGUAAGGCGGCUGUGGUGGAGAGGAUUGUGGAGCUCAUUGAGGAGCUUCCUAAAGACUCUCCACCCAGCGAGAUCCUCGCCAGCUGCCUGGCUGCUGUGGGCAACCUCAGCACCAUGAAACCAGCCCUUGAGCCUGAGCUAGAGUCCCGCCUCUUGCAAGCUGCCCUUGGCUCGGUCUUCACCCUGGGCACGGAGACGGACGCCACCGACAUCCAGGCGCUACACAAAGUCAUGCCAGAGCUCCUGGAUGCUGUGCUGGGGAACCUGCUGGCAGAGUCCCCAGACGCAGGCAGGCUCCACUUCAUCUUGGAGCAUGUCAACCGCUGGAUCGUGUCCAGGGUGCCCCAGGAGACAGCCAGGGCCAUUAAGAGCAGCACGGCCCUGCUGAGAUUUGCAGUCACCCUCCCCGAGUUUGACAUCUCAGCAGAGUUCCCUAGGCUGGGUCAGCACGUGGCCCAGCUGGCUCUGUUUGUGAGUUACCCAGACCAGGACAUCAGCCGGCAGGCCAGGGAGGGGACUUACCGGCUGUACCAGCUGCUGCUCGAACAGAGGGGGCUGAGCAUACACGAGGUGGAGGAUCUGUGGUGCCACAACUGGUACCAGGACAGCAGGCUCCUGGGCUAUCAAAACACAGCCAGGGUGGGGGAGGUCUUUGGAAAAUUCUUCUCUGCGGGGCAGAGGAAAUGCUUCCUCAAGACAGCCGUGCCAGCGAUCUACAACCCCCUGCUGUGCAUUAGCCAGGCUGGGCUUCUCCUCACAUACGCCAUCCUGGGGGAAGCCGAGCAACUGCUGGGGUACACGCUGGAGGACAUCACCGCCAAGGUGAUGGGUCAGCUCCGCAGCAUCCGGCAGCUGCACCAGGUGCCUGAGGUGCUGCAAGGGCUGAGCCUCACCUGAUGCCCUUAAAGGUCCCCCCUCAGCAACUCCCGCUCCCUGCUGCAGAUCUUCGCACGGGUUGGCUUGCUGCAGGAGACACUGACGGACAUCAUCAUCUACAGUGCCAACUGGAAGGAACAGCUCCAGCUGUGGGCGCUGGGCAGAGCAGGACUCACCGCAAACCGAACCAAAUGUCACCUGGGCCAGAAAGAACUGAUCUACCCGGGCUAUACAGUGGGCCAAGGGAAAAUACGGCCUUUGGUAUCUGAGCCACAAGCUGUUCUACCUAAUAGGGAACCCCUUCUCCUUGGUAACAGACCACGCACCCCUCAGGUGGAUUAACAGCAUGAAGGACUCACACACACGGAUCAUGUGGUGGUACAUGUCCCUCCAACCCUAUUCCUUUCGAGUGUUACACCGGCCGGGAAAGGCUCAUGC